GCCCCCGCCGGCGCCACGGCUCGGCCUGCGGGGACCGGGCGGGCGGAGGCCGGGCCGCUGGCGUGCGGGGGAGGGGCCGGGGCCGCCGCCGCCGAGGGCGAGGAGCAUGUCUGCAACGCGAGCCAAGAAAGUGAAGAUGGCCACCAAAUCGUGCCCCGAGUGCGACCAACAGGUUCCUGUUGCAUGUAAAUCAUGUCCCUGUGGUUACAUAUUUAUCAGCAGAAAACUGUUAAAUGCAAAACACUCAGAGAAAUCACCUCCUUCUGCAGAAAACAAGCAUGAGGCCAAGAGGAGGCGAACAGAGAGAGUUAGGAGAGAGAAGAUAAAUUCUACAGUAAAUAAAGAUUUAGAAAACAGAAAGAGAUCUCGAAGUAACAGCCAUUCAGAUCAUAUCAGACGAGGAAGAGGAAGACCUAAAAGUGCAUCUGCCAAAAAACAUGAGGAAGAAAGAGAGAAACAAGAAAAGGAAAUUGACAUCUAUGCUAACCUCUCUGAUGAAAAGGCUUUUGUGUUUUCAGUCGCCUUGGCAGAAAUAAAUAGAAAAAUUAUCAAUCAAAGACUUAUCCUCUGAUACUUGUCUGCAAAAUCUGUUGAAACUUUCUUCAGGAUUACAUCAGCAAAUUCUGAAACACGUAUGGACUCUCAGGAGCAUUCCGACUGCAUCAAUAAAUAAGGGCCAUUGAUUUUUUUUUUUCCCCUAUUGUUUAGCCUGUGCCACACUUUGGGAGCAAAGUUGUAGGCUUGGUGGACUGUUCUGGGAUUUCCUUGUUUACCAAGGAGUAUUGUCAGUGUUUUGUGUUUGGGAUAUAAGUAAGUGUAUAUAUAUAUAUAUAUAUUAAAAAAAAAAAGAAAUGCUGGAUGGAUGUUAAAAGAUAAAAAGGGUUAGGGGUGGGGUGGAAGUAUGAAAACUAGGGAAAUAAACUGCUUGAUACUUUUCAGGUUUGCCACCAGAGAUGCAAUAUUUUAAAUACUGUCAGAGUGACUUUUUAAAAAUAUAUAUUUCAGAUUUUCGGCACUAACAGAUUGGAUAUAUACAGUUGAUUUACUUUUAGUAAAUUGGCAAUUGACAUUUUAUUGAAUGGGGAAUUAAGAAUAUAUAAACUGUAAGUUUUGUCUAAAUUGAUUUUUUUUCUUGGCCUUUAUUUUUAUGACUUAAGGUAUGAGUUAUAUUUUAGGAGAUACUUUCUAGACAGUUUGGAAUUUUGGGUGCUAUAUGAAGAAAAACAUUUAAGCAUGUAUCAUACUUCAGAUAUAAACACCUUGUUUUCUUGAAUGUAACUUAUUUAUUGGUUAAAAGAAAACUUUUCUGCUUUCAAGAUGGUGCCUGUUAACCUAAACAUAAAAUAUAUUUAUUACAUGCAAAAUAUUUCUUAGCCACUUUUAAGCAGCAAUGUUUUAUCUGAAUGGAUAUUCAUUUAUACAUCCUGAUAAUUAUUUAAAUUGUUACUUAAUCUCACUCUGGAAGAUAAAAAUAAACCUUAAUAUUGAAACUAAGUAGAU